AUGCCUGACGGCCUUGUGAUUGUAGCCAAGAGCUGGCGAGGGGAUGUCACCUGCCAGACCCCCGAGUAUGCCCCUUGGUGCCCCGCCUGCCAGAACCUGCAGCCCGAGUGGGAGAAGUUCGCCGAGUGGGGCGAGGACCUGGAAGUGAACAUCGCCAAGGUGGAUGUCACGGAGCAGCCGGGAUUAAGUGGACGAUUUAUCAUAACAGCUCUUCCUACCAUCUAUCACUGUAAAGAUGGAGAGUUUAGGAGAUACCAGGGUGCAAGAACUAAAACUGAUUUCAUAAAUUUCAUCAGUGACCAGGAAUGGAAAUCUAUUGAACCGGUUUCAUCGUGGUUUGGCCCUUCCUCUUUCCUGAUGAGCAGUAUGUCAGCUUUGUUUCAGUUGUCGAUGUGGAUCAGGCACUGCCAUGGUUAUUUAACAGAAAAUGUUGGAAUACCCGUCUGGGGCUCAUACGCUGUUUUUGCAUUGGCAACUCUAUUCUCGGGACUGAUACUGGGACUUAUAAUGGUGUUCUUAGCAGACUGUAUCUGUCCAUCCAAAAGGCACAGACCGCCACAGUACCCUCAUUCAAGAAAGCUAGCUCCAGAGUCAGCUCAGCUGUUGAAAAAGCUGGAUGAAGAGCAAGAAGCAGAUGAGGAAGAUAUCUCAGAUGAUGAAACGGAGGGUAAAGACGUGUCCAACAGAAACUCGUCACCGAAUUCUGUAAGGCAGCGCCCAGUGAACACUGCUGCUACAACAGAUAAAUCUUAGCUUUAUUUGCAUGCAGGAUUAGUGCUUGAGUCACCGACUCAAAAGGAGCUAAAUGUCAAAUCCUUCAGCUUGAAGAGAAGAAUGACUCCUGUCAUGGUAAUAUGGAUGCAUUUCACAAAUUCAGAGGGGGGGGGAAGCAUCUUUGUAUCAGGUAUUCAAAACUAAAACAUGCUGUUGCAAAUGGCUGAAACUUCUCCUGUCUGUGUGCAGAGAAGUGUCGAGAAAUAAUUUAUGUGGCUUCUUGAAUGACUUGUUCUAUAGGGAUUUUUUUUUUAACAGAAUGUAAACCAGUGUACUUGUUGCAUUAGGGAACAUUAGCAAGGAAAAUGCACUAACCUGUUUGCUGUUGAAGCAUUCGAAAAGGUUUCUCGGUAUAAAUCUACGUAGUUGUGCUCUGAAGAAGUGCUGAGGGGAGAAGUUCCUUCAGUUAUGGGCCAUGUUCCAGGCUUUUUAUGUGACAAAAACUGCUUUCUGCUAUGACAAUGAGUGCUACAGACCCCUCAAUCUUUCUUCUUCCAAAGAGAUGAAAGUUGCUGUCUUCUUUUAGAGGAACAGAAGUUGCCCUCUGAACAAAAGCUAGAGAGCUUGUCUUUGCCAUCCUCCCAGAUGGAAGUUACCUCUUACAAGAGAAUCUGUGUAGCAUGGAUUCUCUGGCUGACCAGAAACCUGCUAUUUGCAUUGAUUUCUCUUAGAAAAGGCUGUAGAAAACUACAUGAGCUUCUUGGCGGAGUAAUUCUUCUCUAGAAAAAUUUUCAAGUAGCACCAUGAAGUCUCGUUUGUCCCAAUGACUCUGAUUCAGAUGGGAAUAGUUUACAGGCGGGGUUCUCUGCUGAGUCCAAAUCCUAUCCAUUCUUCCUGCUGUAUGGCAGUAGGACUCUGCUCUUUUUUUAAUACAUCAUCAGUAAUUUCUGCUUAAUCAAAUUUUACUGCAAAUCCAGUCAGGCUGUACCUGGUCUGAAGUUGAAAUAACUGCUUUUUAAUUUCUUUUACAGAAAGUAAUCUUUUCUGUUUUCACAAAACCAUCUUGAAACAAUAUACCCUAAUUCUUUCUUUAAAAAACUGUAGUCUACUGUUUUCUGUAUGGAAUUUGUUUUCACUCUGUGUAGAAAUAAAAAGAAUGCACAUGUGCGUUGGACCAGUGUUAUCUUGCAUCGCUUGUAAAGAAUUUUUCAUGCUCUUUCAGUUAAUUUCCAAAGUAUUUGCCAAGGAAGGGUUAGCCUAAUGCUGAGCACGCUUAGGUUUUUUUGACAAGCCUGUUCUUUCUGGGUUUUUUUUGUUUUGUUUUGGGGUUUUUGUUUGUGUUUGGGUUUAGUUUUUUUUUUUUAAGUCACCUGAGUGGGUUUGCAGAACUGGCAGUUGAUAAAUCCAUGUCGAUAGUACACUUGGUCGUGAGUAAUUAAGACGACAAACGUAGAAAUGCUCUCUGAUACUUUCACUGCAGCCUGGCUCUCUAAAGCCAGGCUCUCCUAGUGAUUAUUAAGAAGACAGAGCAUCAGACAAGGAGCUCAUAACGAACUCUGUGGGAUAUGAAAGAAAUAGUGGGAAAGACAAUAUUCAGAGGUCUUGCAGGUGAAUCAGCUUGUAAAGCUGUUAGGAAUACGCCAUGGUUUUUGUCAGUCUUGAAUGCUUCUUUAAGUUGUGUUUUAAGUGUACCUGGUAGGUCAUAAUUCAUUCUCCGUGUUAUGAACGGAACAAAGUGAUUCAGCUAUCCAAAUACCUGAGUGAAUCUCCCAACAAGUUCUUGGAUGAGUAAGAAUGAGUUGUUACCUAACAUGUCCUGGAACUUCCUCCUUUGACUUUCUUUCUGUUUUCUUUUUCUGAACAUCGGUGCUCUGGAAUGACUUACGACUUCAGUGCUGGGUUAUGUGUUAGGAAGAUAGUAACUGAUGCUCGAAAGGGUCCUUUUGGUUAAAAUCUGAGUGUUCCUGUCACUUUUAAAUAUCAAACUUUUCCUGGUGUUUGAAUAAAGACCACUGUGUGCCGUAAAUGCCCUUAAGGUGUUGGUCUUGCAGGAUUGCCUUAAAUUCUCUAAAAGUUUAGAUCUUAGCCUUUGUCACUAGUAAGAUAAAGCAAUAAAUUUGUGAUAUACUAAGGAGACCUAGUAGCACUGUCUCUGAUAAAUGGUGUAUUUCUUUAGUUUGGAGAGGGCUUGAGAAGACGGGGGACACGGAAAUGCUGUAUGCUGUUCUAGGAAAAAGUGUUGAAUUGUUUUAAAAGCUGAACUAUAUGGGCUAACUCCACUCGGAAUAUAUUUAAAUGUAGCUGUUAUAAAUGCAGGGUUUUCUAAUUUUUCAGUUGCUUUAAAACUGUUUGUGCAAUAUAGAAAGUAUAUACUGAUAACUUUUGGCUAACUUCUAAUUUUAAAAGAACAAACAACCUUUUUUUUUUUUGCUGUACAUCUAGACUCCUGGUUUAACAAGAACUUCGAGCGCUAAUUUACCUUGCCUUUGCCUUCUGCACACCUACCUUCUCUUACUGCCUCCCUACCUUAGGCAAGUAACCAAAUUCCAAAACCGCCUCUUAGUCCUAAGUGUUCCAAGUUGCUGGAAUCCAAGCUCUGUGUGGCAGACCUACGCUUGUGAUCAGUGUGACUUCUGCAAGUUCUGUUUUGAUUAUCCAUAGGCUGCCUGUGUUUGCUGAUCUCUGUAAAUCUUACUGUUCAUAUUUUUAAUAAUGUUAUGGUUUUGUCCUGUGAAUAUUUAAGUUUCUUGAUACUUCUUUUUAAAAUCUGUAUUCCAAAGAUGUUUACUGAGGCUGAGUGAAGGUUGCAAUGUGACAAACGUGCGUCAGAGCCUGUCCUUUUUGUGUGUUGAUGAUGCUUGAAUAUCAGUUUUGUAAAAGUCGAACUGCCCUUUCCAUGUCAUCACCUUGACAGACCGUGUCCAAUUUAAUUCCAGAAGGAAUUAAUUAACUGUAACAGUACUUUUUUUAAUGUUUCAGAGAGUCUUCAAGUAAAAAAUAACCACCGGCUUUG